CGCCACUCUGCGUGCUGGAUGGAGAUCCACAGUCAAGAGCUGCAGCUCAGUGCUGGAGUACAACAUUUCACAGGGAGCCCUGCAGAAGCAACACCUGUUUCGAGCCAGCCAAGAAAGGCACAAGCACUUGUAUGUUGCUGCUUUGCUUGUGGAUCGGCAAUAACCCUAAACCAGUGGACAUCUGCUGAGCCUCCUGAGAAUUCUGGAUAAUAGAUUUGGACGUCAAAAGUUUUAUUUUUUAAUUUUUUUGUGCCUUUUGCCUUUUUUUCCUUUCCAUUUUUUUUUUUUUGGAUUUAUCUCAGCCAACAACGUGAGAUUUCCCCCCUCCCCCUUUGCAGGAUUCAUGCUGAUGUAUGCAGUCUGUUAUAGAGUAAAAACAGCGCAUGCCUUUCUGGAGUCAGAAUCCAUAAAUCCUGACGUAGCCUGUGCAUCUUAAAAAAAAAAAUCCCUAUAACGCCUAGAAUCUUCUGAUGGCUCCCUUAGGUGAAGUUGGGAACUAUUUCGGUGUGCAGGAUGCAGUACCCUUUGGGAAUGUGCCCGUUUUGCCGGUGGAUAGUCCGGUUUUGUUAAGUGACCACCUGGGUCAGUCUGAGGCAGGUGGGCUACCCAGGGGGCCUGCGGUCACGGACUUGGACCAUUUAAAGGGGAUCCUCAGGCGGAGGCAGCUAUACUGCAGGACUGGAUUUCAUUUAGAAAUCUUCCCCAAUGGUACUAUCCAGGGAACCAGGCAAGACCACAGCAGAUUUGGUAUACUGGAGUUUAUCAGUAUAGCAGUGGGCCUGGUCAGCAUUCGAGGAGUAGACAGUGGACUCUACCUUGGAAUGAAUGAGAAAGGGGAACUCUACGGCUCGGAAAAAUUAACCCAGGAGUGUGUAUUCAGAGAGCAGUUUGAAGAAAACUGGUAUAACACAUAUUCAUCAAAUCUAUAUAAACAUGUGGACACUGGAAGACGAUACUACGUUGCGUUAAAUAAAGAUGGGACUCCAAGAGAAGGGACUAGGACUAAAAGGCAUCAAAAAUUUACACAUUUUUUACCUAGACCAGUGGACCCUGAGAAAGUACCUGAACUAUAUAAGGAUAUUUUAAGCCAAAGUUGACAAAGACAAUUCCUUCACUUGAGCCCUUAAAAAGUAACCACUAUAAAGGUUUCAUGCGGUGGGUUCUUAUUGAUUAGCUGUGUCAUCACAUCAGCUCCACUGUUGCCAAACUUUGUCGCAUGCAUAAUGUAUGAUGGAGGCUUGGAUGGAACAUGCUGAUUUUGUUCUGCACUUAAAGGUUUGUCCUCCUGGAGGAGAGCCUAUGCCCACUCGCUUGAUUUAGUACGAGAGGGGGAGCGCGAGAGAGUGAGUGAGAGCGAGCGCGAGAGGACGCGAGAGCGUGAAUGGGAGUGAGAGAGAGGGGAGCCGAGGGAGGAGGAGAACGGCCUGAUGCAUGCUGGGGAAUGGACACGCUUUUAAAUUUUUGAUCAGUUGUACUUCGUCAUAUAUCAGCAUAGCUGCCAUACUUUGAUUCAUCGGGAUUUUUGGCUGGUGGCCUGCUCAAGUGUACGCUGCAUUUACAAAAGGCAUGGAGGGUGCAGUCUUACUUAGACAAGAGACUUUUCAGUUAAUCGCUCGCUGGGUCUCACCCCGCUGAGUUUAAAGCAAAGACCUCUUAGUAAAAAAAAAAUAAAAAAUAAAAAGUUAAAUUUAUUUAUAGAAAUUCCAAAGGCAACAUUUUAUUUAUUUUAUAUAUUUAUUUAUUAUAUAGAGUUUAUUUUUAAUGAAAUAUGUACAGGCCAGAUAGGCAUUUUGGACGCUUUAGGCUCUGUAAGCAUUAAAACGGCAAAGGCCACUAUGAACCUGUGGUAAAUUCAUGCAAGUAAAUAUAAAGGUGCAUGGAUAAAAAGAAAAAAAAACAAUAAAAAGGUAAUAAUAAUAAAUUCUAGUGACCCUCAUGUACUAAAGGCGACAAUCUCUUUUGUGCCUGUAUUAUUGUAAAAGUAUGCACACCACUCAUGACACUGAGUACUCACUCUUCUGACUGCUUGUUUCAUAGCUUACCCCCAGAGGAUUAAAAAGAAAACUGGGUCUUCAAC